AAAACAGUAAAAAUUGCCAUAAAGCUAGGUUACAUUAUACACACAGACAACUUUUAGCACCCAUUACUUUUUCUUUUUUUUCCUUUGAUUUUUUGCCAUUGUUAUCUUAUGCCUUUCAGCCUUGAAUCCAUUGUUUUAACCUUUUCCCCAAGAACGAAUCAUCAUCAUCACCAUAACCCCAUUUUCAACCAACCUCUCUUUUCACAAGAACUUACUCAUCAUCAAUGGCGGCUUCCUCCAAUCAUUACACCAUCAUCACAUUCUUAACUUUCUCUUUCCUUUUUCCCCACCAUUGUUUCUCUAAUCUACUCUCUGAACCCGUUUCCGGUUUAACCCAACCAAUCAAUCCUAAAGAUUACCCCACAACUCCCAACACUGUUCCAGCUUUUCCGAUUCAAACCGAUUCUCAAACCUGCCAUUUAGACCUCUCUGAUGAACUCUUUGGUGGUGUUAAUGAAGCUUGUUCUCAUAAUCUAGACCGGAGUCGUUGUUGUCCUGUUCUAGCUGCUUGGCUUUACGCUGCUCAUGCCCGUUCCGCACUCCAGCUCCCUCCGGCUAAACCUCCCGUUUCACCUGACUCGGACGAUUCUGUGCUCCCGAUGAUGCCGGAAUCUGACUCGCAAAAGUGUGUUAACUCACUGCAUAACUCGCUGUUAAAACGGAAUAUUAAGCUUCUUCAACCUAAUACUACAUGCGACACUAUUUUAUGCUUUUGUGGUAUUCGUGUUCAUCAAAUUGCGUCGUUAAGUUGUCCGGCGGCGUUUAAUUUGACGGCGAAUUAUCGGAAUGCGACGCCAACGGCGAAUGUGAAGAAUUUGGAGAAAAAUUGUCGGAAUUCUUCGUAUGCUGGAUGUACUAAAUGUCUUGGUGCUUUAGAAAAGUUAGAAACCGAAGGCAAAGGCAAAAGCAGAGGAAAGGAAGAAGGAAGCAGUAGGGCAUCAAAAAUGUUCAAUAGAGAUUGUAAACUAAUGGGUCUAACAUGGCUAUUAGCACGAAACAAAACGGCCUAUAUCCCAACUGUUUCUGCUGUUUUACGAGCCAUGAUGUACAGUCCACACCCCCCUCAUGACUCUAAAUGCAGCCCUGAUCAAGAAAACAUGCCCCUUGCCGUCGAUUCGCUUCAAUUUUACAAGCCCAACUCAUCCGCUUCGUCUAUUUUGUCGUCCCUGUCGCUUUACGGUUUAGUAAUUAUCAACAUUAUAACCAUUGUAUUAUCCUAUUAUUUGUAACACUAGGAGUCGUAUUGAGAUUGCUACGUUUAACUUCAGUUCUUACGUUGAUAUUCGUGAUGUAGCAAUCUCGAUAAAACGGAGGACGGGUCAUUAGAGUAGAAGUAUGUUAUCGUUAUUACUAUUAUUAUCUCUUAGUCUAAGCUCAGGCUGAUAUGUUUGUCCUGUUUGCUUCACCUUUUGUGGUUGUAUGUUUGUAUUAGUCUUUUGUUUAGGGAGGAUCACGUGAAGCUAUGGGCCCCUUUUUGUCACAUUACAAGGGUGUUUUUGUCAUUGCACCUCAUGUACAUUAUCUUAGCCUCUCUCCUUCAAUCUUGCAUGUUAUGGUGGGAUUUUUUAAGGGACGAACAUCAUCAUUAUUUGUCUCAUACUUCUAUUAAUGGAUUUUUUUAAUAUAUACUCAGUUUU